GCGGCCAUGUUUGCCCCAGCGCCGUGUUCCCAGCAGCUUUGUUGUGGCUCCUUCUCCUCCGUGUUUAGCGGGUGAAAUGGAGGCGACCUGGGGCGCCUUUAUAUUUCAGGCAGCUGAUGUCUCGCAGCAGCAACACCAGCAACAUGUGCAGAAUAACCUGCUGCCAAUACUGCAUUCAGUCAAUGAGCCACGUGAGCAAGUCCCCGUGACCACGUUGCCUGCAGCCCCAAAAACCCCCGAUCCCAAAGAAGCACCAAAACCUACGGUGACCGUAGAGAAGAAGGAGAAAACCAGAACACCAGUGAUCUGCAGUUACUGCAGCAAGGCAUUCAGAGACAGUUAUCACCUGCGACGACAUGAGUCAUGCCACACAGGAAUCAAGUUGGUCUCACGGCCGAGGAAAGUGCCGACCAUGGUUUCACUGAUGUCAUCGGCGCCCGGUGUGGGUGGCACGGCGUCACUGGUGUCGACUGUUGCAGGGAUGCUGACUACGACUGCCGCCUCCACCUCCACUGUCACCAGCAGCACCUCGGCAGUCACAGCCAGCAAGAAUGCAAACAGGCGAGUGAAGAAGAAUCAUGGCUGUGAACUGUGUGGCAAAGCAUUCCGUGACGUUUACCACCUCAACCGGCACAAACUUUCGCACUCGGACGAAAAGCCGUUUGAGUGUCCAGUUUGCCAGCAACGUUUCAAGAGAAAGGAUCGCAUGAGUUAUCAUGUGCGGUCACACGAAGGGGGCAUCAACAAACCUUACAUCUGCAGCCUUUGUGGAAAGGGAUUCUCCAGGCCAGAUCAUCUGAGCUGUCAUGUCAAACAUGUUCAUUCCACAGAGAGACCCUUCAAAUGCCAAACAUGUGAUGCAGCUUUUGCCACCAAAGAUCGCCUGCGUUCACACAUGAUACGCCACGAAGGAAAGGUGUCCUGCCACAUCUGUGGCAAACUGCUGAGUGCAGCUUACAUCUCCAACCACAUCAAAAUGCAUAAUCACAAUCAAAAUCACAACUGCAAUGUCUGUAACAAAGGUUUCACCACGGCUGCCUACCUUCGGGUCCAUGCUCGAAAUCACCACGGUGUCCAUUACAAGUCUCAAAGAUUUGUGUGCGAGCAGUGUGGCCUGCAGUGUCAGUCCCACAAUCACCUGAUUGGCCACAAGAAAAGUCACAUGGGAGAGACCCCAACUUCCAGUGCCUCCUCUGUGGCAGCAGUGGCUUUAAAAGACACCGCUGAGGUUUGCCAUACUCCAGCUCCAGCUCCUGCUCCAAGUCCAGUGAAUAUAACAGUUAGACCUGUGGAUAGUGUGCCUUUUCUGUCCCAGGUCUUGCCAACGUCUCCACCCUGGUGAAAAACUUUGAAAAACAGCUGCCAUGCUAUCCAUGGCUGAAUUAGAACCUUAUCAACCAGCAGGUUUGCUGGUCCCCAAAAUGAAUUAAACCCAGGAUCUUCAGUUAAUUCUAUCAAGAAGAAGAAGAAAAUCUUGUGGUUUUUCUCCAAGGAGAAAAAAGAAUCGGUUUGUGGUUUUACUGACUAUGUAAAAUUGUGGUCUAAUGUCCAGACUCUGGAUUUAAUGACUAGUUAAAAGUAGGUUAUGCAUCUGUCUGUAUCAUUCCCGUAUCUCCAUCUGGGAAUAGGUUGCUGUUUUGUGUUGCAGAAAUGGACACUAGUACAAACAUCUGAAAAAUUCACUAAGCAAUUAUACUGAUGGAUGCUGUUCUGUCAAAACAGGAAUGUGAAAUUGAUUGCAAUUAGUGGAAAAUUGAGGAAAUGCAUUUGGAUGUACUUUGCUGUACAGUGUCGCCACUGAUAAAUGUCGAAUCUAAUUGUACAAGUGAAAUUGAUUACACUGGGGAAGGAUAGACAUCAAGAGGGAAAAACAGAACAAUUCCUUGAUGGACAGUCUGGAAUGUGCAGGUGUUUAAAAUGUUAUAUAGUACCUGCACUUAUCUUAGAAUCUGUAUUCUCAUAAAUUGUCAUUUACUAUAUAAGCAAGUGUGAAGUUGCAACCUUGUUUUAAAGAAUGCUCUGAGUCACAUUGGUGUUACAUUGCACUGGUGUAUAAGUUCCCCUUUAUUAAUGAGGGCUUGAAAAUGGGCAUCAAAUACAAGAAGGUGCUGGUUUUUACUGUUUCUUCUGUGGCUAUAGUUUUUGGUUUUGCCAUUUGUUCUUUGCAAAAAAAAAAUCCACCUUGUGCUUUUCAGAAUCACAGGGAGGUUACAGCAUGGAAGGAGGCCCUUGGAGUCUGUGCCAGUGCUAUGCAAGAGCAAUCCAACUAGUCUCUCUCCCCACAGCCCAGCACAUAUUUUCCUUUCUAGUACUUUUCCUGUUUUCUUACGAACGCUAUGAAUGAAUCUGCUUCCACUAUCCCCCUCUAGCAGUGCAAUCCAGGUUCUUGGCCAUGACUGUGUUUCAAAAAACAAGUUAUCCCAUUUCAUUUUUGGUUCCUUUUCCUGUCAUCUCUAUUUAACAUUCUCCAGUUCUUCACCUUAUCGCCAGUCGGCACAGUUUCUCUCUAUUUACUCUGUUUAGAUCCUUCAUCGUUUUAAAUAUCUUUGUCAGAUUACCUCUCAACUUUGGCUUCUCCACUCUCUCCAGGGAACUGAAGUUCCUCGUCUCUGGAAUCACUCAGUUGAAUCUCUCCUGCAGCCUCUUGAAUGCCUUGACUUCUUUCCUAAGAUGUGAUGCUUAAAUAGGCACACUGUACUCCAGUUAUAGCAGAACAGUAUUUUAUCAAACUUCAUGACUCCUUGCUCUUGUACUCUAUGCCUUCAUUCAUAAAGGCCAGGACUCUGUGCUUUUGUAAUUGCUUUCUCAGCCCUGCCACUUCCUACAAGUUUUGCACAUAUGCCCCUAGAUCUCUCUGUUGCUAUACCAUUUUUAAAUUAAGCCUUCUAGAAUGAGUUCUUCAAAUGUAGAAUUUGACCAUUUUAUAACCAUAAGUACUGGGACAUGUGGUCGAAUUCAGGUCUGAAAAGUCCAGCAUUCUGGAGCUGAUAAUUUUGGUUCCAGCCCGUGGAUAGUGUUUCUGCAGAUCUUAGAAACAGAUGAUAGUUUAUAACGUUACACUGAAUUGUUCUAUUGCAACAUUAACACACUGGCAGUAGUUUCAAGGAAGUAUACCCCUUAAAUCCUGGCCAUGAACUGAAAUAGCCUUUUUUAAUAAAGGAAAUGGUCAACCUUGUCUCAGUUCUGUUUUUCCUAACAUCAUUAAUAAUAUCAAGACGAGUGAAAGUGAUUAGUCUUGGGAUUCUCUAAACUGAGUUUGUACAUUGCUCCCAGCGUUUAUUUCAUCAAACCUUACAGAAUCAUGUCUUUUUAUUUUAAAGAAAAAAAACUUCUUUCAAGUGAGAUGGAUCCCUCUUUCUGCGUUCUUAUCUACAGAAUCUCUCUCUUUGAGCAUUGCAUGCAUUUGUUAUGUUGCAUUGCUAUUUUGCUUCAUGAUGGCACUCGCAGUACACUCCAAAAGCACCUAUGAGUGGGUAAAAUAAGUUUAAAAUGUUUUGGGGCCCAGUGGAUAACUGUCCUGAGUCAUGCAAAAAAGGAAGGACCUCUUUGGAGAAGAGGUAAACGAGGCAGAGUUCCCACUCCUGAUCUGAUUGCUGCCUAGCUGUUUCUGCAUGUGGAUUGGGAUUGAUGAGAUGCCCCAUGUCUCAUCAAUCCAGCUGGUGCUCAUUGUCUAGGGUCAUGCAUGAAGAAUGGGUGGUUUGAGGCACUAAAUGGAUGUGGUUGCCUGCAAUGGUAGGGCAGCAGGUGUCUUCACAAGCAGGAAGAAAUGUAGGAGAAAAUAACUAAUUGAAUUGUGCACUUUAAUUUUUGAGUUGCUCAAUUUAUUUUCCAUGAUUGAUUGAAACAAUUGACCAUCGUCAUUCUUCCAUUUGUAUGGUACACCAAACAGUGCAAGAAGAGUACCCACUUAGGUUUCAUUCAUGGAAGUUUAACCACCAACCUGUGGUGUCCAAGGCCAGAUGUAACUUUGUUCGUUUGACUCUUAAAUGUGCAGCAUUUUGGAAAUUAUUUCCUAACAUUAAAUUUCUCGAAGAGAUGGUUACACUUUAGUGAUUCUGGAUUUACAAUUCAGUCUUUUACUUUGUUUGAAUUGUCUUACAUUUUAGUGAGCUACAGUACUAAUAUGCUGUAGUUUAAUUUUAUGCCACUGCAUGUGGUGAUAGUCUGUAGCAAAUAUUUUAACAUCCAAAAUAUCCUAUGUUCAUAAAUCAUAUAGUACUAUAGCUUGUAGUUUUGUACAGAGGAGGACUGGUCUGCCUCAUUUUUAUGAUUGGUGAUUGCACUUAUGGGAUGGUCCAUAAUUAAAAAUUCUCACAAGUACAUAAGGGUUUACUUAACCCUUUCAAUAAUUUCUAUUGCUUUUGGAAUACUAGGAUUCUCAUUACUCAAAAUGUAAUUUUAUUUGUGUAAAAAAAAACUUCUUUAUUGUCUUGGUGUCAAGUUGGUGUCUUUGAUACAGUACAUUGUAUCUGAAUUUGUGUUUGUAGCCUAGAUAAGGCUUUCUUCCAAAUUUGGCCCCUUUUCCAAUUCUUCAUAAAGGAUUAAGUGGAUUAUUGGGAAAGUACUCUUUGAAAGGAUAAAGCAUAAUCUUUUAAAAGAUGAAAUGUUGUAUUUUGAGAGUAGUCUCCUAAAGGGAAAAAAAUUGGAAUGAAACUAACUAGUGUAAAGGAUAUAGAAAAGUCCAGGGUUCAAAUAGAAGGUCUUGUUUUUUUUUAAAAAAAUCACAUGAAGGGAACCACCAAGGAAAAAGGAAAAUGUCAAAGGCUGGAAAUGUAAAAUAAAGGCACAAGUAAUGAAAACGUCCAGCCAUUCCUCUGGAGAAAGUGGAAAGGCAAGUUAAUGUUUUGGCUGUGAUCUUUAGAAUUGGAAACCAGUUUUGCCACAUCUCCAAGUCUUUCAUAAAAUUAAUGAUUGUAAAAUAGAGAAAAUGGCCAAUUUUCCUCAUCGUUGCUUUUCAUGUGCAUAUGUUGAAAUACUGUUUACAACUGUGCUCUGUACAGUAAUGCUGCUUACUACCUCAGCAACUUUUUCUCACUUCCCUUGUUGGGAAAUAAUACAUAGUGACCCAUUGUACACUUUUGAAAGUUGUUGAAUUAUGCACCCUGUUGUAAAUUAAAAAUGUUUUCACAGACUUAUUUUGUUAAAAUUAUGCAUUCUGUAUAUAUGUAAUGCAUUGCUGCGGUAUUUUUAUUUUUCUUUAAAAUCUGCUUUAUGACUUAAUCACGGAUGGAAAAAGAUGACCAUUUUGCUGUUCAGGAUACUGCCUUUUUUCCCUAAUUGAUGACAUCAACUUUGGGUGAUCUGGGUUUUGGGGAAAAAAAAGAUUGUCAGCUUUUGUAAGGAACUGAAACUUCUGUAUCACCUACAGAGGGGAAAAAAAAACAAUUAGAAUUUAAGAGAGUUAAAUAAUUGACCAUUCCUCUAUUCAGGUGGGUUGUCCCCAUGUUUGCGUGUAGUUCACCAGGCAUUUAAUGGCAAAACCUUCACAGACAAUGAAUAAUAAUGCAUUUUCAUUUGCCAAAUAGUGGUUUGACUUGGAGUAAAUUGACCAUGCUGUGCCCCACUCUCCGGGUGCUCAGUAGUUGUCAACUGGUUACAGUUUGGAGGAUUUCUUUAAUUUGUCUUGUGCAGGUGGAUGCUUAUAAUCUGCAGCAGUUUAUGGCUGAUACAGGGAGGCCUGAUGUUUAGUGUUAGAUAAGUAGUUCAGGGUUUGCAAGUUCAAAUGCUACUGAUGAAUAGGAAAAUGAAUUCAUUAAAAUGGAUGUAUUGAUUGUGAUUUUGCACAAGAUAAAAUUAUGGAAGCAACUGGAUAAACAAAAAAACUCAACUAAUGUUUUCAGGCAAGGAAUAUACCAUUCAUAUCUGGUCUGAUCUUUGUUACUAGUCCCACACUAAUCUGUUGAUUUCUAUAUAUCCUUUUGGGCAACUAAGAAUGGUUUAUAAACGGCAACCUUACUUGCAAUGCACACACACUAACAAUGAGAAAGAAAACAUGUUUGAGAGAAGUGACAUUGAUUUUGUUUUUCGGCUAUUCAAAUCAAUUCAUAAAGUAACAUCACAUUUUGACAUUUUCCCUCUGCUAAAAGUGCUUUUCUAUGUUUAGAGUUAAGGAGAACUGUUUGCUCUUUGACUUGGUAAUUUGCUUGAGCAGUGUGGAUUCCCUAUAGUUAUAAAAAUUGAAAUAUGCAACUAGUGAAUACUUAAGCCUAACUUUGUUGGCAGAAUUACAUUUCCUCUAUUAUACUGUUCCUGCAAAAUCAAUGAAGUGCUGCAUUGAAAGUUUUAUUGGAUGUUGAGCUUUUGUAAGAGUAUUAAAUUAGAACUGGGAAACACUUUUUCUAACAAGACGGUAGAAGUUUAGAAUCACCUCCCCUGAAAGGGUAAGGCUCAGGGGUAAUUGAGCCUUCAAGACCAAGAAUUUGAAACGUUCUUUUUAGGUGAGGAUAACCAGGGAUAAGGAGUUGUAAUACAAAUAAGCCAAGAUCUAAUUGGAUGAUUGAGCAGAUGCAGGCAAGUAUAUGGCAUGCUUUUGUCUAUAGAUCUCUAAAGAUUAUUGCUGGCAGCAGUGUCAGCCAAAUGUCAAGGAUUGUUGGAUGAAUUGGAGAGAUCAGGAGUUGAAAUGCAUGUUACUGAACCGUUGUUCACAGAUGCUACAACCAAUUUACCAGGAAAUAUAGCCCAGAUAUUUGAGCAUCUCCAUUGAUCAGCCUCUGCUAAAGUGAGCUUUACACUAUUUGAGGUUUAGACCUAUGUACAAACAUUGCAAUAACCUUUCCAAGUCCUAUUUGUUUAAAAAGUGCAAUGGGAACUUUUAAAUAAAACAUGUCUUUGGACUGACUGUCAGAAAUGCAUACCUUACUGUCAGAGUUCCUAUAUUUCAAUUUUACUGUAAUGCUAUAACUAUGUCCGUUAUUUAGGUUUCAUCCUUGAGUUAAAAUGUAAAAUGAAACUAAUUUAUUUGUUUGAAACAGUAAAACUUGCUGGGAAUUUUUAAUGUCAUUUGUGGAAAUGAUAAACUUGGAAAAUGAAAGAGAUGAGGAGAUCAGGGAACUGAUAGUCUGUGUUUUUAAAUUGUCUAUUUUUGUUUAUGGGUGACCACCAGCAAAAAAAAAGCCUGCUUGAAAUAGUCAUUACCUUCAUGGUUGAAUAUAUGUCCCAUUUUGACCUCCUCAGAAACGAUAUACAGCUGACUCUUAACAUGGCCUGGAGGUUAUUUGCUAAUGAUGUUUCUUAGGUGUUCGGGCAAGGAGCUAAGUUACUAAGCAGCAUUGUUUGUACAUUCAUUCAUGCUUUUGAUUUGAAUGAGCCUGAAUAUUUUUCCUUAAGGGAAAACUGCCCAACUUUUUUCUGCAUGAACCUGGAACGCUGUAACUUGAGGGAAAAAUUAUUCAUUGUUCCAAGGAAUGUUAUCACAAGAGUGCAAAUCUGCUUUUGAAUCAGUUUUCAAAAAAGAUUCUUGGAUUGCAGUAUAAUAGUUCCCAGUAUCUAGCAUCAGAUGUUGUAAGCUCUUCAGUUGUUGAUCUUUAGUACAAAUUUGGUUUAUUUAUUAAUUUUUACCCUGGUAGUUUGUAAAUGUGUUUGCCUCUUUAAUACACCUCCCUUGUGCCAAAAUUUGGCAUCCGGAUAGAUGGUGGAUUACCUAAAUCCAUUCUCCAUUCUCUGCUCUUUCAGAUGACCUCUAGCUAGUUUCAUGAGCAAUAUAGGGCCCAAUUGAACCAGAAAUUGUACCAAAGUAGAACAAGCAUCACCAUUGUAUAUAAUAAGGCAUGUUGAAAACAUCACUUUAAACAUGGUGCUGAAAUCUUUUCAUAAAAUAAAAGUACAGCAGCUAUUGUAGGAAACUGGGUUUUAGUACUUUUUUAAAAUUUGAAAUGAAUUUUGCUAACUAGCUCUUGAUACUUACCUUUCCUGAGGUAAUAAGUAUAUUACAUUUAAUACAUGACAUCAGCAAACCAUUCGCUUUCCACAAUAUUAAACUUUGGACACUAAUUCAGAGACUCUACACUCCAUGAAGUUUACCACUGGUAAGCAACAGAUGGUGUUGAAAUCAAUUUAUGAAGGUUUGCUGCAUCUCAAAGUAAGAUGCUAAUUUACAAAUGGAGUUCUUAACCUGAGUGUUACAAGGGCAGUUUAAUACUUGCACUGUAUGUACAAUUUUUUUCUUGUCUACUAUUUCUGCUGUGAUGUCAUAAAGGGAUAUGAACAUCCCAGCACAGACCUUGAAGCUCUCCUAGAAACUAAAAUAGUUCCUAACCUUAAAAACUGGAGCCUGCAAGUAAAAUAUAUUUUUUAAAAAAUCAAUGCCUGGAAGUGAUGGUUUUUUUUUAAGGGUUCAUUUUUACAGUCAGUCCUCCCUGAUCAGAUUUACAGUCAUCUGUAAAUCACUUCCAGUUACUGGUUCUUUUGCUUGGUCUGUUGGAGUGUGAGGAGCAAACGUGGUUUCGUGAGUAGUGUUGUCUUAGAAACCUUCCAUGAUAACAUCCGUAGUGAACCAUUUGUGAUAGUUGCUGCACUGUUAGCCACACAUACAGCUUCACUCAUAGGGUCAUCAACACUUGCAGUCAGUGCUUUUUCAAUCAUUGCCUAUGUUUUUUUUUAAGAUGUAUUUUUAAUUGAUUAUCAUGUUUUUGAACAUACUAGAUUCACUGUGUUUUGCUAUCAAGCCACAUUGUAUGCAGUGAAGACACCUGCUGCCGUACUCUGUCUGCUUGUAUUAAAUUCUUAAAACUACCUUUUGUGUCUACUGCUCUGCCUAGUAUUUGCAUAUCGUACAAAACUGUGUCAUUAAAAAAAAUGAUUUUCUGUUAUAUUCUUGUGUUCCAAUAUUUUUUUGGCUUUUAUAUCUUGUGCUGUAUAUUCAGUGUAACUUUUAGCAGGAAGAAAAUGUUACCUGACCAUAGAUUUGUAGAUAACCCGUUCAGUAUGUAUUAUUGAA